CAGGAGGGGAGGAGUUCACAGCGGGCAGUUUUCAAACGCUCCUCUGAGCUCCACAGCUCAUUCUUUGGCUGGAAAACCACCGAGUUCGCACCGAUGCCUCCUGGCGUGUGACACCCCUCAGUCACUCACUGCAGUUCCCGGUGAACUUUCCACGCACUUGCUCGUCCAAUGGACAGCACUUAAGUCACUCUCCUGGACUGUAUCCGCGCCUCCUCCUCCCCCUGCUGCUCCUCCUGCUGCGCCUCCGCCACUGUACCUGCUCCUCCGCACGGCUCCGGAGCUGGCCUGGCUCUCCCGCAAGCAUGGAGGGAGACGUAACGGCCCAAGUGGAAGCCACGGCCACCGUGCGUGACUUCGACCGCAUCGGCGGGAGCAUCCCGGCCACCAAAGUGGAGAUCACCGUGUCGUGCAGAAAUCUUUUGGAUCGAGACACUUUCUCCAAAUCUGACCCAUUGGUGGUGUUGUAUACUCAGGGUGUGGAAUCCAAACAGUGGAGAGAGGUAAGGAAUCACACUUCUGUCAAUACCACUCAUCUCCUCUGAACAGCAGCCUGCUCUCUGCACACAC